UCUGUCUGUCUCCCUUCUUCUCCCGAGAGAAAUAUGCAGAGAGGCAGCCACGUUGUUUUCAUUUGGUCUUCCUCAAAAACCCAACUUUUCUUCCUUUUUAAAGUCCAAAUUCUAAAUUCUCUUCCCUUUGGGAUUCCUUGAUUUCCUAAUUGACAAGCUUGAACCCAAUCCAUGGAAGCUUAUUCCAUAAAAUCAUCCCCAAACCAUCCUUCUUUUCCACCGAAAUAAUUCCCCAAAACUCCACACAAACAUUCCUUAUUUCCUUCAUUUCAUUCAAAACUCACUGAUUUCCCCUCAAGCAAACAUACCCAUAUCUUCAAAUCCCCAGCCAUGAAAACCAGUUCCAAACUAUUCACGUUCGGGCUAAUUGCGUCCUGGUACUCGUCCAACAUCGGUGUAUUGUUGUUGAACAAAUAUUUACUGAGUAAUUAUGGUUUCAAAUACCCAAUCUUCUUAACCAUGUGUCAUAUGAUGGCGUGUUCUUUACUAAGCUACAUCGCGAUUGCAUGGAUGAAGAUGGUACCCAUGCAGACGAUUCGAUCUAGGAUUCAGUUCCUCAAGAUCUCCGCUUUGAGUUUGGUCUUCUGUGUGUCGGUGGUGCUUGGGAAUAUAUCUUUGAGGUUCUUGGCGGUUAGUUUCAAUCAGGCUGUUGGGGCUACGACGCCGUUUUUCACAGCGAUUUUCGCUUACUUGGUGACAUUGAAGAGGGAGGCUUGGCUUACGUACAUCACCCUUAUUCCCGUUGUCACUGGAGUUAUCAUUGCCAGUGGGGGUGAACCGAGUUUUCAUCUAUUUGGUUUUAUCAUGUGUGUUUCAGCUACAGCUGCAAGAGCUCUCAAGUCGGUUUUACAAGGAAUUUUGCUUUCUUCCGAAGGAGAGAAACUAAAUUCAAUGAACCUACUCCUCUACAUGGCUCCUAUAGCUGUUGUGUUUCUACUUCCCACAUCGCUCAUUAUGGAAGAAAAUGUGGUUGGUAUCGCCCUUGCUCUUGCCCGAGAUGAUGUCAAGAUCAUUUGGUAUCUCUUGUUAAAUUCAGCACUAGCGUAUUUUGUGAAUUUGACGAACUUUUUGGUCACGAACCACACCAGUGCCCUCACUUUACAGGUUCUAGGAAAUGCGAAAGGGGCCGUAGCUGUCGUGGUUUCGAUUUUAAUUUUCAGAAACCCAGUUUCUGUUACUGGAAUGCUUGGUUAUACACUCACAGUCUUUGGGGUUAUACUUUACGGUGAAGCCAAGAAACGAAGUAGUAAAUGAGACAUCAUGCAUCCUGCGGACACGAUAUGCAUGUGACCGUUCGUAUAUUUUGUUUCCUUUAUCGCAAGGACACA